GCCUGGAGGCAUCAUUCUGCCUUACUUGAAAUUAUACUACAAGGACUUACUGAUUCUCCUGAGCUCCAGAUUUUCUUCUUUGCGAUGUUUUUUACUUUCUAUUUAAUGACCAUGUUGGGCAACUGCCUGAUUUUGCUAACUGUUAUGUCCACCCCACACCUUCACUCCCCCAUGUACUUCCUGCUCAGCAAUCUGUCUAUCAUUGACAUGUGCCUGUCCUCCUUUGCCACCCCAAAGAUGAUCAUGGACUUCUUUACUCAGUGCAAGACCAUCUCCUUUGAGGGAUGCAUCUCUCAGAUCUUCUUUUUGCACCUCUUCACUGGGACUGAGAUUGUGCUGCUGAUUUCCAUGUCUUUUGACAGGUACAUUGCCAUAUGCAAACCUCUUCAUUAUUCAACAAUUAUGAGCCAAAGAGUAUGCGUCGGGCUUGUGGUAAGUUCUUGGACGGUGGGCUUCCUGCAUACAAUUAGCCAGUUAGCUUUUACUCUCUCUUUACCCUUCUGUGGUCCCAAUGUUGUAGAUAGUUUCUUCUGUGACCUUCCUUUGGUCAUUCAGCUGGCUUGUAUAGAUAUAUAUGUUCUUGGGAUCCUCAUGAUCUCAACUAGUGGUGUGAUCGCUCUUGUAAGUUUUCUGCUUUUGCUUACUUCCUACAUCAUUGUUCUUGUUACUAUCAAGGACCACUCCUCUACAGGAUCUUCUAAGGCUUUUUCUACCUGCACUGCACAUUUCAUUGUUGUGUUAAUGUUCUUUGGGCCCUGCAUCUUUAUCUAUGUGUGGCCUUUCACAAACUUCCCGGUGGACAAAGUUCUCUCUGUAUUCUAUACCAUCUUCACCCCAUUUCUGAAUCCACUUGUCUAUACUUUGAGAAACCAGGAAGUGAAGACAGCUGUGAUGAAGAAACUAAGUAAACAAUAUUUAAGUCUUGGGAAAACUACUCUGAGAUAUCCAAUGCAAUGA